AUGGAAAUAAUCAAAGCUACAAUACACACAAAAUUUAAAUGUUUUUUAUGCUCGUACUGCUUUCAGCACGAAAUCGCAAGCUCACUAUUGCUAUGGAGAAUUGAAGAGAGAUGAAUUUAUAAUUUACAAUUCAUGAAGAAAAGAUGAACAACAUUGAAGAGAUACCAGCAUUUUAAAAUUAAAAAGUCAAUUGUCACUUUACAACUCAUUGGAUAUUCGAUAUCUAUUUGCUGUUGAAAAGUUAUGGUUUUUAACUCCUAA